AAAGCCGGUGGAUGUAAUUCCAAGCGGAGGAACAGGGCUGAGCUGAGCAGUGGGGUUGGAGGAAGGAAGGUGCGUGUAAAACAGUCAGCAUUGUAAUCUGAAAUAGACUCAUAUAAACAUACGUUCUUGAUGCUCCUGUAGAAGGGCCUCAGUGGGUCAUAAAUGAAAUGGAACUGAAGGGAUAUAUGAAACGGCAGGUUUUUUUCUCAGCGUUUUAUUUAACGCCUUGUUCCGUCCGGAUUCCCUGCGCUCUCAUCUGCACUCUGCUGCUCCAUUGGGUAACUGUGGAAGCAAAGGACCUGCCUCAAUGCACAGAGCGUGAUUACUAUUUCGAGUACACAGAAUGUGACAGCACAGGGUCUCGAUGGCGGGUGGCCAUACCCAACAAGGAGGGAAGCUGUACAGGAUUACCUGAUCCUGUUAGUGGCACAGAAUGCACCUUUUCAUGUGCAGCCGGAGAGUUUUUGGAAAUGUCCUCGCAGCAGUGCACUCAGUGUGCUGCAGGAACCUACUCCUUGGGCAGUGGGAUCCGCUUCGAUGAGUGGGAUGACAUACCUGCUGGAUUCACCAGUUUAGCUACGUAUAUGGACAGUGGCCCAGGGGGGGAUGAGGCCUUGUCCUGUAACAACUCAACCUGGGUUCCUCAAGGGAAUUACUUGGAAUCCAAUCGAGAUGAGUGCACCGUGUCCUUGAUCUACGCAGUGCACCUUAAGAAACAAGGUUCAGUGUCCUUUGAGUACCAAUAUGUGGACAACAACGUUUUCUUUGAGUUUUUUAUUCAGAAUGACCAGUGUCAGGAAAUGGACACAUCCGAUCAAAAGUGGAUCAAACUAACAAGCAAUGGAGAAUGGGGGACUCAUACUGUAAAUCUGAAGUCUGGCACAAAUAUCUUGUACUGGAGAACCACUGGAAUUUUACUUGGUUCAAAAAUCGUCAAGCCAGUGCUACUGAAAAACAUUCAGAUUGAAGGAGUUGCUUACACAUCCGAGUGCUUUCCUUGCAAACCUGGGACCUUCAGUAAAAAACCAGGGUCGUCAUCUUGUGAUAUUUGUCCAAGGAACACCCACUCUGGCAAAGGUGCUAGCUCCUGUACACCAUGCAAUGAGGAGAAUGAGUAUUCAUCAGAGGGAUCGGCAGAGUGUAAAGAAAAAACAUUUUGUACAGAAAAGGAUUACUUCCAAAUUCACACACCGUGUGACAGUGAUGGAAAAACCCAGAUCAUGUACAGGUGGAUUGAGCCGAAGAUCUGCAUGGAGAAUGUGACGGGCGCGGUGACACUGCCACCCUCUGGAGAGAAGAAGCCAUGUCCUCCCUGCAACCCAGGCUUUUACAACAAUGAUACGGCUACCUGCUCUCCCUGUCCCCCUGACACUUACUCUGACGGAACUAAAGCCUGUCAGGAGUGCCCUGCAGGGACAGAACCAGCUCUGGGAUAUGAAUACAAGUGGUGGAAUGUCCUGCCUGCAAACAUGAAAACCUCCUGCUUUAAUGUUGGCAACUCGAAGUGUGAUGGGAUGAAUGGCUGGGAAGUAGCUGGGGACCAUAUUCGCAGUGGUGCAGGUGGCUCUGACAAUGACUACCUCAUUUUAAACCUUCAUGUACCUGGAUUCAAGCUUCCAACUUCAGUAACUGGGACUACAGGCAGUGAAUUUGGCCGCAUUACCUUUGUCUUUGAGACCAUCUGUUCUGCUGACUGCGAGCUCUACUUCAUGAUGGAUGUGAACCGGAAGAGCACCAAUGUGGUAGAGUCUUGGGAAGGGACCAAAGAGAAGCAGUCCUACACCCACAUAAUGACCAAAAAUGCCUCUGUGUCAUACACUUGGGCAUUCCAGAGGACCAACCAGGCCCAGGAUACCAGAAAGUUCGUUAAUGACAUUGUGAAGAUCUACUCGAUCACCGUCACCAAUGCCCAGGAUGGUGUGGCCUCUUCCUGCCAUGCCUGUGCCCUCAUGUCUCAGCAAUCCGGAUCCUCCUGCAUCCCAUGUCCUGCGGGGCACUACAUUGACAAAGACACGAACCAGUGCAAAGAAUGCCCUCCAGGCACAUAUCUCUCCAUGCACCAGAUUUAUGGCAAGGAAGCUUGCAUUCCUUGUGGGCCAGGCAGCAAAAGCAAUAAGGAUCACACAGUUUGCUUCAGUGAUUGCACCUUCACCCACACAGUUGAAAAUCAGACCCUGACAUAUGAUUUCAGCCAGCUUAGCCCUGUCGGAUCAAUAAUGAAUGGGCCAAGCUUCACAUCUAAAGGGACCAAGUACUACCAUUUCUUCAAUAUAAGCCUGUGUGGAUAUGAGGGUAAAAAGGUGGCUGUUUGUACUGACAAUGUGACAGAUUUGUCAUCCAAGGACCUGCAGAAUGAAUCGGUUGAUUUUGUCAACUUUGUGGAAACCUUUAUCUGCCAGUCAACCAUCAUCCCUUCUGAUGGACGUGGGUUCAGAACUGCCUUGUCUUCUCAGUCGAUCAGCCUUGCAGAUACAUUUUUGGGAGCUACCAUUGAAACUACACUUAAUGGAGUCAGUAUAAAGACAGACUUGUUCCCUGAACCUCCAAAGAAAAUACCAGAUGUCAAUUUCUUCUAUCGUUCUCCACAGGCCACUUCCUCUUGUGAGAAGGGCAGAAAUGGCAUUAUUUCCUUGCGAUGCAACCCUAAGAAGAGUGGCCGAGGAGAGCUUUCUGUACCAAGUAAAUGUCCUGCAGGAACCUGUGACGGUUGUACUUUCAACUUCCUGUGGGAAAGUGCAGAAGCCUGUCCAAUGUGUACAGAAAUGGACUACCAUGAAAUCGAGGGAGCGUGCAAGGGUGGAGUUCAAGACACCGAAUAUGUAUGGAAUGAACCAAAGCUUUGUACUAAGGGAGUCUCCCUCCCAGGUACAAAGACCUCACCUUGUGAGGCUAUUGACUUCUGGCUAAAAGUUGGGGCUGGAAUUGGUGCUUUCACAGCAGUGCUGCUAAUAUCCCUGACCUGCUACUUCUGGAAGAAGAACAAAAAGUUGGAAUAUAAAUAUUCACGUUUAGUGAUGACUGCUAACAAGGAAUGUGAACUGCCUGCUGCAGACAGCUGUGCCAUAAUGGAAGGUGAGGAUAAUGAGGAGGAGGUGGUUUAUUCCAAUAAGCCCUCCUUGCUGGGAAAGCUGAAGUCAAUAGCCACAAAGGGAAAUGGGGACAACUGUGAGUCAGUCCAGCUAAAAUCAUCCAAAAAUGAGAGAUGGGUUUGGGGAUAAAAAAAUGCUGUUAAAUAUAUGAUGAGAGAAGAAAAAAAAACUGCAAAAAAAACUAUAAUUAAGAAUAAUCUGAAUGAUCUGUGGACCAGGAACUUGGUUGGUGAAGAUACUCAUGUUUGGUUGCCUUAUUACUGGGAUAACAUACCUUGCCAAAGGGGAUUCAGACAUUAAAUUGAUAGUCCAGCUCAGGAAGGGAUACACAAUUCGUUUGCUUUCUUACUUUGCUUUUUGUGACUGUUUAAAGGUUCAAAUAGUACUGCUUGUGUGUAAUGAGAUCCACUAGGUCUCUCUACUUUGAAAUUACAGUAGCUAAUUCAAAACUAAAUCAUUCCCUGUGUGUUAGAUACAAUGGGCAAGAGCUUUACAGACCACAAAGUAACAUGGCUCACUUACUGUACCUGGCUGGAAUUGCUUUACAGCUCAUUACUCUGCUUCUAUUUUUAUUCUUCAUCAGAACAUGCAGUUGUGGCAAAAAGGCGAGUCCUAAAACUCAAGUUUUUUUUUUCUCUCUGCCAUUUCAGGAGAUCAGGCUGUUUAUGUGACAUUUAAUACUCAUAUUUGGUUUGUGGCUUUUGUCCCCCUUAUAUAAAUAGAACUAUCAGUGUAUCCGCUGUAAACUACCAGUGAUGAAGGAAACAUUGAAUUUAUAGUGUUUAAAAUCUGUUUUAUGUGUGCUUUUUGAAUUUUAAUUUUGUACAUUUACUUUUGUUGAAUUUGGAUGCUUUUAUGUUAUUUUUUUUUAACUGUAGUUUUCCCAUAUAAAAUCAUUGGUAUUUGCAAAUCUUAAAUAUUGUCAAACAUGAUGUGCAGUAAUGAUCUUGGAUAGUAUUACAUUUGAAUAUUAACAGAGAAAAGACCUGUUGUUUUGCAUUUUUAAUUGAAAUGUGAUUAGACAUGAGAUCCCAUAAGGAAAAAAAUGAAACAAGAAUGCAUUGAGGCUCCUUAUCCUUAAUAAAAUACAGUAAAACCUCUCUUCUAGGCAUAUUUGUUUAAGGAGGUUUUCUGCAUAGAAAAUAAAAUUAUUCAUUGUGAUGAAUAUUUCAACAAUGGAUAAAGGUACUAGAGGCUCCAACCCCACACAUAUACACACUUGCAUAGUGAACAGAGGAAAACGAGCCUGUUAAAUGUAUUUUUUAGGCAGAAUGCUGUAAAAUGCUGACAGAAAGCUUUUUUCACGUAUGUAGAAAUGACUUUCCAAUUGUGCAAUUAAUAGGGAUUUUGUUUUGUUUGACUGUGAGGCAACUAAGCAUUCCAAUAACUACCAUGUGGUACUUGGUAAUCCUUAAUGAUGGAUUCCAGUAAAUAAAAUCUUCUGAUGAAAGAAUUGGUGAAUAUGCCAGUGUUUGUAAUGGCUGUUUUAUUUUAAUAUUUUUAAUGCAGUAUUUGGACAAAUUUUUCAUAAUGGGUUUUUUUCUCCUCCAAAUAAAUGUUUUUUGUAAUGGACAACACAGUCAGCCCCUGGGAAUAAAUGCAAAACUACAAAGAAAGUACUGCUGAGAUGUCAGUUUUCCUUUAAAGCAGGGCUUCGAGCCCAUUAUUACUCCACAGAGGCUGAAAGCAGUGAGAUGUGUACAAUUUACCAAAAAUGUCAUCCUAGAAAAAAAAAUCUUUAAUUUAGAACCUGAAAGGCACUCAGAUUCACCUACCCUUCCAAACAGAAAUAGCAGGAGGUAACACUAUUUUGAAAUGGGGCUUGUUUUAUUAUCAUGGGAAAUGGUGUUAUUUGUAUGACAUUUUUUUUUUCCACACAUUGACAAAUUAUGUUUUUUUGAAAUUGCACUUCUUCCAUUACUCAUGCUGCUUUGAAAUGGAGUGUAAGGCAACUUUGAAGUCAACUCCAGAUAUGUUUAAGGGCUAAAACUUUACAAAUAUAUAUUAAUUAUUUGUAUUGUAAUGCUUUACGAUCCUUUUAACAACGUAUCCUUUGAAUAUACUGGUGAACUUCUUGUGGUCCCAAAACACAUUACUCAACAGGGGAUAGUUAUUCAUUUAAUAACUGAUUUAUGUUUAAUGACUUGACAGUUAGGGUCAAAGCUGGUACCGUGAAUCCAUGAAAAUGUUUGACAGAAACCUCUUAAAAGGAAGUGUCAAAAAAAAUUAGAGGCUGGAUAAUGUAAGAUUCCAGUAACUCAUUUGUAGUUGGACAAUAUGAAGAACCAUAACAAAAUGAGAUGGCAUUUUUUCCAUUCCUCCACCCAUCCAUCAAUUUUCUAACCGUUUUUUCCAAUAAAGGGUCAUGUGAGACCCAGAGCCCAUUCCGGCAAGCAAUGGGCAUGAGACAGGAUAAACCCUGGAAGGGAUGCCAGUCCGUCACAGGGGACACACAAACACAAACACGCACACCAGGGUCAGUUUUUUUUCUCAGAAAUCAGUUAACCUACAAGUACUGUAAUGAGUACUGGACUGUUGCACUGUGGGAGGAAACAGGAGCACCUGGAGGAAACCUACAUGCACACAGGGGGAGCAUACCAACUCCACACCGAUAGCACCCCAGGUCCCCAGUGCUGCGAGGCAGCAAAGCUAACCACUGUGCCACUGUGCUGCCCAUUUUAUAUUCAUUUAUUCCAUUUGGUUAAUUUGAAUGGCUUUAUCCCUGUUUUAAAAGGUGUCAUUAGAUUUUUCUUGUGUAAAAAAGCUGUAAAAAUGGCCGCAGUACCUUUGUGGGCAAACUGACAAAAUUCACAACACUCCAAGGGUUAUAUAACUAUCACUUUUUAAUUUAUAAAAUAAUUGAAAGAGUGUUUUCUCUCAGCAGCAGACAACAAAGGGAAUACUUAAUGCUAGUUAAGACAGUGUUGUUGAAGAGUACAAGGUGGUCAGUGCUGAAGGAAAGUGAGGAAAAGACUCCACCCUCCACCUCUCUACAGUACAGACACAUCCCUUUUGUUAGCUGUAUGCACGUGUGGUCACAGCAGGAGAAAGCCGCCCACGUUUCAGUUCAGCUACUUAUUUCCCCCUUACGUUGUUGUUGGGCCCGUCCUGCCCAUGAAUGACCUCAAUAGAGAAAAAGAAAAGAGAAGCACACAAGAAAAGUGAAUGAUUUUUUUUUAUUAUGAUGCAUCACCUUGCUAUUGCACUCAUUAUUUGAACUAUACUGUUACUUGCUCUCCAAUCAUUCUACGCCAAGUUCCAGGUUGGCCAAAGCAAGCACUGUGGACCAUGUUUUUUUUGUUUUGUUUUUGGUGGUACAAUAUCAGAAUAUGACGGAUAGUUAAGCCUUUUAAACAGUCGCAAAAUAAAUGAUUUUACAAAAUAAAAUUAGGAUUGCUGUGCAUCUCGUCUUUGUCUUUAUGAUCGGAUGCCUCCUCUGCACUGUUACUCAGGUUCCUGUGGUGGCUGACCUAAACACCACACUUAAACACAACCAUAUAAACAGUGUGAAAUAACUUAAAAAAAUGGUUGAGUAAUAGAAAGAUAUUGCCUUGACUCAGGAACAAUAGGCUAUUUUUGGUUUGUGUAUAUCACACAUAUCAUGACAUUUAUACAGAGAAAGUGACUUAAACUGCUCUAUGAGCAGCUCAGUCGUUGGAGUGUUCCAGAAUUUUGGAAGAAGUAGAUUCCAUUCAUGGUUGUCCAUGGCAACUCGACUUUGGAGUAAUGUAUCCUCGGGCAGCAAGGAAUGCACUAACAGAUAAGCCUUACAACAAAGAAAAAUAAUCUCUCAGAUGUGUGAGCAUAAAUAAAAUGCAUGACUAGGGGCAUGAGAUUACUUUACAUAAUCCUCAGCUUCCUGUUGUAUUUUGGACACAUGGUUUUCUUUGUAUUUUUUUUUCCAACCAAUGGAACUGGUGUGCAAUUUCUGUUAUUUCUCUGGGUAGCAUUUUUUACAAAAUUUGCCUUGUAUAUUUUACAGACUCCCAAAGAUAUUGUUUCAUAUACAGUACAUCCUAUUUCAUUAUGUUACUGCACUGGAAGGCAAAACCAGUUAUUUCUAAAGAACUAUGUUUGCAGAUAUGCGAGUACCAAUGUUCGCUUUUUUGUAUAUUUUGUAUUGUGGUGCACAUUUAAAGCUGUACAAACUUGUGGUAAAAUGUUCUUGAUUGUUGUCAUGAUUCUUUAAUAAAUGUGAAUGGCUUUGGAAA